AUGCAGAACCCCACCUCCGAAAUCGGCGCCGUGGUGUCCCUAUUAACCGCAGCCGCGGCACCAGACAUUCAAAAAGCCGCUUUUCUGCGUUAUAUGACUUCAGAUGCUGGGUUUCGCCAUCCGCUUUGCAGUGUCUUGCCUGGCCCAGGAUCGAGAGAAAGAGUAUUGGGGAUCUAUCAGUGGUAUCGCAUUAUGUCGCCACGUAUCGAUAUCACAGUCAACAAUGUCGUGUACGACGAAACCAACCGUAUACUGCUUUUAGAUGUCGUGCAACUGUUCCAUAUUCGUUUUUCACCCUUCAAACCUGCUCCAGCUCGUUUGCUGGUCAGGCUGACUUUGCGUCAAGACCACGAUGGACUAUUCUACAUCGCGCUUCAGGAGGACUUUUAUCAUCCAGACGAUUUUAUGGCUCUUUUGGCCCCGCCGCUUUCGCCACUCGUACGACUGGGCUUAUCGAUGACUGGUCGAGCAUCAGACAUCUACGCUAAAUGCGGUCGACUACUCGGGAUCUGGACCUCUGAAACGGGUGUGGCGCACGGAGGGGGGCUAUAUGACGAUGAAGACAAGAAAACGCAGUAA